GAGACCCCUCUGGAGGUGGAAAAAGGCAGGACCACUUCCGGCUGGGGAGGGGAAGCCAACAAGCUCAGACCUAAGGAGAGGCUUGGAGAGAGCGGACGCCUUCUGGACUCCAGAGGACGAGGCUCAGCAGUUACUCGACCUUUCAGAAAAAUGGAUAGGACAAAUGACUGCGGUUAUAGGAUGCUCCCAUUCCAGGGCCCUCUGCUUCCCCCUGGGAGCCUGGGGCUUCACUUUCCUCCAGAUAUACAGACUGAGAUCACAGAAGAGGACAGUGUCUUGCUGAUGCAUACCCUCUUGGCGGCAACCAAGGACCCUCUGGCCAUGGACCCUCCAGCUGCCAACCAGCCUAAGAAAAGCAAGACCAAGAAGGCCCCUAUUAAGGCUAUUACUAGGGCCAUACCUGCUGCCCGUACAGUCUCAUCUGCCAAUGUGAUUGCCACUGACAAGCCUAAAGUAACUUUGCAGGCUUUAAACCUGCCUAUCAUCCCCCAGAUCAACCAGGCUUCAGCUACCACUGAAGCAGCCAAUACUCAGGCUUCUUCAGUCACUGCUCAGCCUAAGAAAGCCAAUAAGACAAAGAGAGUUACUGCUAAGGCAACCCAAGCCUCCCAGUAUCCAACUGGCAAAGAGAGUGUCACUACACAGAUCAAGUCGUCCUUGCAGGCCCUAAACCUACCAGACAUCCUGCAGGCUAUCCAGGCUCCAGUUACCAGUGGGUCAGCUAACUCCCAGGCCUUGAUAGCCCCCACUAAGUCUAAGAAAGUUUCUAAAGCUAAGAAGGCUGCCAAUAAGGCCAUAACUAGUGCUAUUGCUAUCUCAUUGGCUCCAACCACUACCCACACAGCUACCACCCAAGGCCAAAUUAAUAAUGAGGCAGCCACUACCCAUGCCACAGCAGCCUGCAUCAGAACUAAUAGAGCCUCUGAAGCCAAGAAGGCAACUGUUAAGGUCAUAAACACUGAACUCCUAGAGACCCCAAAUGCUGAGAGAGCUAGCAGGCAGACUGAGGUCUCAGCAGUAGCUAACUGGCCCAAAAAAUUCAAAGGCAAGAAGGCUGCCAAAAAAGGCCCAAAAUCUGCCUAUGAGGUCUCUGAGGCUCCACUUGCUGCUCAAAUGAUUACAAACCAAGCCCUAGAAGUUGCCCUUCAGGUCAAGAGAGGGUCCAGGGUUCAUAACUCUGCCACUAAGACCUAGGCAGCUGAAAACCAGACUAAAAUUGUAGACCAAGGGGCCCAGGCCAAGAUGGCCACCUUUAAGACCAACAUAAGUGCCCUUGAGACUCAGGUUGCUGCUGCUGUCCAGGCCCUGGCAGAUGACUACCUGGCCCAGUUGAGUCUGGAGCCUACAACCAGGACCCGGGGCAAGAGGAACCAAAAGUCAAAGCAUCUGAAUGGGGAUGAGAGAGGUGGCAGUAAUUACAGGUUGAUUCCAUGGGGCUGGAGGCCUCCGCCACCCCGAGACGUGGCCAUUUUGCAAGAAAGGGCAAAUAAGUUGGUGAAAUACCUGUUGGUUAAGGACCAGACAAAGAUCCCCAUCAAGCGCUCAGGCUGGCCAAAGUCCUGCAGCUCUGUGGCCCCUGCUCAGCCCAGCUGCUCCCACCUCACCCUUCCUACAGACAUGCUGAAGGAUGUCAUCCAAGAAUAUGAUGACUAUUUCCCAGAGAUCAUUGAACAAGCAAGCUACGAUCUGGAGAAGAUGUUUCGAGUCAAUCUGAAGGAAAUUCAUAAGCAAAGUAGCUUGUAUAUUCUCAUCAGCACUCAGGAAUCUUCCGCAGGCAUACUGGGAACGACCAAGGACACACCCAAACUAGGUCUUCUCAUGGAUUCUGUCAUUUUUAUGAAUGGCAACAAGGCCAGUGAGGCUGUCAUCUGGGAGGUGCUGCACAAGCUGGGGCUGCGCCCUGGGGUGAGGCACUCGCUCUUUGGGGAAGUAAGGAAGCUCAUCACAGACGAGUUUGUGAAGCAGAAGUAUCUGGAGUACAAGAGGGUCCCUAACAGCAGACCACCUGAAUAUGAGUUCUUCUGGGGCUUGCGCUCCUACCAUGAGACUAGCAAGAUGAAAGUCCUCAAGUUUGCAUGCAAGGUACAGAAGAAAGACCCCAAGGACUGGGCUGCUCAGUACCGGGAGGCAGUGGAGAUGGAAGUCCAAGCUGCAGCUGUGGCUGCAGCUGAGGCUGAGGCAAGGGCUGAGGCAAGAGCCCAAAUGGGGAUUGGAGAGGAAGCUGUGGCUGGGCCCUGGAAUUGGGAUGACAUGGAUAUCGACUGCCUAACAAGGGAAGAGUUAGGCGAUGAUGCUCAGUCCUGGAACAGAUUUUCAUUUGAAAUUGAGACCAGAGCCCAAGAAAAUGCAGAAGCCAGCACCAACAUCGACUUCAGCAGAGGAGCUAGCACCAGGGCUACCUUCAGCGAUAGUGCUAGUAUUAGCUUCAGUGGUGCGCCCAGCCCCAGUGGUGGCUUUGGUGGCAGAGCUGGCAUUAGCUUUGGUGGCACAUCCAGGACCAGUGCCAGCUUCAGCAGUACAGCCAGCAUUUGCUUUAGUGGCAUACCCAGCACUAGCACUAGUUUCAGUGGUGCAGCCAGCAUUAGCUUCAGUGGUGCAGCCAGCACCAGCUCUAGUUUCAACAGUGAAGCCUGCAUUAGCUUUGGUGGCACAUCUUGUAACAGUGCCAGCUUUGGUGGUGGGGUCAGCUCCAGUUUCAGUGUCCCACUCAGCAGCAGUCCCAGUUUCAGUGGUGGAGCCAGCUCUGGCUUUGGAGGCACACUCAGCACCACUGCUGGCUUCAGUGGUGCACUCAUUACCAGUAGCAGCUUUGGCAGUAUACCCAGAACCAGCACAGUUUUUAGUGGUGGACUUAGCACCAGCACUGGAUUUGGUGGCACACUGAGCACUAGUGUCUGCUUUGGUGGCUCUCCCAACUCUGGUGCCAGCUUUGGUGGCACACUUACUACCAGUAUCUGCUUUGGCAGCUCUCCUAGCACCACCACUGGUUUUGAUGGAGUACUCAGCACCAGUGUCUCCUUUGGUGGCUCUUCUAGCACCAGCGCUGACUUUGGUGGUACACUAAGCACCAGCAUCUGCUUUGGUGGCUCUCCCAGCACUGGUGCCAGCUUUGGUGGUGCAUUCAGCACCAGUGUUGGCUUUGGUGGUGCACUCAACACCAGUGCUGGUUUUAACAGUGCUGCCAGCACUAGUGCCAGCUUCAGCAGUGCACCCAGCACCAUCUCUGGCUUUGGCGGUGUGUUCAGCACCAGUGCUGACUUUAGUGGGGCACUUAGCACCACUACUGACUUUGGCAUUGCUCCUAGUACCAGCAUUGGCUUUGGUGGAUUUCCCAGCACUAGCCUCUGCUUUGGCAGUGUGUCUAACACCAACCUAUGCUGUGGUGGCCAUCCUAGCACUAGCACCUGCUUUAGUGGUGCUACCAGUGCUAGUUUUGGUGAUGGAUCCAGUGUGACUACUGGUUUCAUCUUUGGCAAUGGGUUAAGCACCAGUGCUGGAUUUAGUGGUGGACUGAGCACCAGUGCUGGCUUCGGUAGUGGACCAGGGACCAGUGCUAUCUUCGGUAGUGGACUGAGCACCAGUGCUGGCUUUGGUGGUGGACUGAUCUCGAGCAAUGGCUUUGGUGAUGGACUGGGCACCAAUGCUGGUUUUAACAGCACACUUGAUACAAGUGCUGGCUUUAGUGGUGGCCUCAGCAUCAGUGAUGGCUUUGGUGCUGGGCCUAAUAACGGCUUCAACGGAGGACUAAGUACCAUCAUUGGCUUUGGCAGUGGUUCCAACACCAGCACUGGCUAUAUUGGCGAACCCUGCACCAGCACCAGCUUCAAUGGUGGACCCAGUUCUAUCAUUGGCUUCGGCAGUGGACCAAGCACAGGUGCUGGCUUCAGCAGUGGACCAAGCAGUGGUGCUGGCUUUGGCGGUGGACCAAGAAAUGGUGCUGGCUUUGGUGGUGGAGCCACCAGCCUUGGUGCCUGUAGCUUCUCCUAUGGCUAGUGAGGUUUCAGGUGUAUUUCCCAGGUUUACAGAUACGGCUAAUGAAUUGCAGCAGUUCUUCCCAAGGAGCCAAGGUACAUCCUUGGAAUUUUUGUCCACACAGCAGUAUAAGCAGAUAUUAUCAAUUAGCUGAGGGUGACA